ACUUAUCGUCUUCGAUGAAAUACAUAAAACAUUUUACUAAAUCGAUAAGAACAACACGCACGUACAUUCUCUGAGUCAAAAUCAGACGUGAGAUGCUUUUUAGAUAUGAUUGCAGAAUAUAACGGAACUCUCUUCCUCAAAACAAACGGACCAACAAAAUGUCGGACUGUCGGGAAGGUUAUUUCACCGAAUAUAAUUCCCCGAACCUGAAUUUCCCUGCAUAUUCUGCACCCACCAACCUCGAGACAAUUUCGAGGCCAAGCCGAAAGGGCCAAGCGGGGGGACCAAAGGGCCCAAAAAGAGGCCAGAAGCCAAAAUAAAAGGCGGCUGUGCGUUCGUUCGUGCGACCAUAAACAAUAAACAAACCCCGAGGCAGACUGGCCAGAGUGGGACGCCCACCGCCUCCAACGCGUCGCUUUUUCGCCCCUUUCCACUCGAAAUAGGAGGCGUUCUCUCAUGAUUCUUCUCCCCGAGAUUGCAUUUUCAAGAAUGGUUCAUCACAGCAACAGCAUAAAGUGACACUGAAGCGGGAAGGGCCAGUGGAAAUUCUCUUCCGCCAUUACUCCUGCCGUCAGCCCCUGCUGGAUGCGCCAUGAAGCUCCUUCUACCUAAGCAAUUACCCUGCUAUGGGAAAUCUGGCUGGUCAUAGGCUGAUACAGCUCUGGCUGUUUGUUAAGAUUAGGCUUUAAGUGAAUGGUGUUUCACCAUUGUCCCUCUAAAACUCAUUCUUUGAUUGUGGGAAUGUUGGUCUUUAGUUGUAGGUAUAUCUCACGGUUAGGGCUGUAAGUACUUUGGGCUUCAAUUGUGAACAUUCUCCGUUCGUGGAGGAUCACAGUGGUUCUGAUUUUAUUGACAAGAAUCUCCAGAAACACAAACUAAAAUGCCUACAGAGAGCUUAGGCUUAGAUUCUAGAAUGGCAGCUAUGGACAUGGACCCCAAAGGCUUUAGUCCCAUGUCAGGACCCGAUGAAAAUAUGAGCUCACCCCCAAGCGUUUUAACAACAGCCUCUGCUGGGUCAACUCCUUCUUCCAUCCCAUCUGCAGGGUCUACACCAUCGUCUAUUCCAUCAGCUGGAUCGACUCCCUACCAGUAUAAUACUCAAGAGGAUGGGAUAAAGCCUACUACCCCCUCCUCAGACCACCAGCCCAUAACACCCAUGACACCUGACCAACCCAUCACCCCCGAUCAGCCCAUUACCCCUGAUCAGUCCGUUCCAUCUGACCAACCCAUCACGCCAGACCAGCAGAUCCCACGAAGUCCCAUGGGCUACAUUGACGGCAUAAAAGAUGGAUUACCCCUGGAGAAAAUGGACAUUAGUGCCAGUGUUAUGGAGCAGCAUUCGCACCCGAGUGGAAGCAAAGAGAGUGAAAGACGUGAUGAUUGUUCAUGCAUACUGUGUGAGGAUCAUAGAAGACAUGCUAAUGAUCCGCCUUCCAUGAGUGACAGUGCUGUGUUAAACGACAGAUAUAGUGGUGAGAUAAAAGUGAAGACAAAGAGAAGGAAAGACCCGAAUGCACAGAUCAAACCCCGAAGACGGAAGCAGUCGGGGAAAAAUGCAGUACAUUACCAAAGUGAGAUUUCUCAAGACUCAGAGGUGACUGGUAUCAGAAUGAAGAUAAAGUUGACUCUCCCUCCACUAAUAAAUGAUGCUGCUCAGGACAGUGCAGAUGCCUCAAACAUGAGCCAAACUCUAAGUGUAAAGUCUAGUCCAGGCGAGAAGGCAAAAAGAAAAAGUUUGCAUGCAACUGACAAUUAUUAUAACUCCAAAACUUUACCUGGAGAAGGAAGAAAGCGCAGAAAAGCUUCAGAUUUUGUUGAGUGGGGUCCAGUUUUAAGUGAAGUGAAUGGUGAACCACAGUCAGUGUGGGGAUGGAAAAUGCCCAAGGAAGUGUUGUACCAGAUAUUUGACUUUGCAGCUAGAAAUGUGGGGACCAUCCCUUUCAUUCUAAGAGCCUCAAGAGUGUGUAGACUCUGGCGGAUGGUGGCCACCAACAGCCGCCUGUGGCACACGGUCGACCUGGCCACGGGGCGCAUCAAGCCACGCUACCGCAACGAGAGAAAGCUCCUCUGGAUAUUGGAGAACAGAUUAUCCCAUGUCCGUGACUUAAACCUUGCUGGAUGGAACGAAGCUGUGACGCCAUCUAUCCUGCCAAGGCUAGUAGAGUUGUGUCCAGAACUGACUAGCCUCAACUUAUCUUACUGCCACAAGAUCCAUGCUGAGAACCUCCAUACACACCUCUCCUUAUGCAAAAAGCUGGAGCGCCUCGAUCUCACCAAUGUCAUGGCAUCCCAUAAACCUACUCCCCGAUGUGCAGUGGGUCAGCAGACCUUAUCAGACAUGGCAGUGACCAUGAACACUAGAUUGACGCAUCUGACACUGGCAAACAACACCCUGUCAAAUGUACCGGGACUCAUCAAAGCCUUAGCGGAUCACUGCCAAAAUCUCCAAACACUGGACCUGUCAAAUGUGUUGACCAUUGGUCGUGACUGUGUUAGGAUCAACAUAGAGCUUCUACAGAAAGGAUGCACAAAGCUGAGAACUCUAAGACUGACCAAUUCUAACACCAGACUCUCACAGACAUCCAUGUCAGUGCAAGCAUCAUCACCAGGGUUUCCUGAGCUUGAGGAGUUGAGUUUGGCUGUUGACGGAAACUUGAGCGUUGGAAUGAACGACAGCGAACUUGAGCGAAUCCUGAAGAACUCCCAUAAACUCCGCCUCCUGGAUGUGAGAGGGUGCAUCAACAUAACAGACUCCUCUUUAGUCCGCAUUCCACCGUGGGAUUUAGAGCACCUGUUUUUAGCCGGAUCCACAUCUCCCAAAUAUUACUCUGACCGCCUGGAGCUGGUGGUGCGCAAGUGGCAACAUUCACUAGUGGAACUGGAUUUGUCGUGGACUGCUAAUGCAGACAGUAUUGAUGCAGCUCUCAUUGCCAUAUCGGAAGAAUCUGAUAAUAAACUCAGGUACCUGAAUAUGUGCGGGUCCUCAGUGACCUUCCAACCCAUCCGCCAAGUAUUAGCAAGGUGUAAGCACCUAGAAACCAUCAACUUGACCUCAUGCCGAGCCCUGCCGAGGGGACUGAAGCGAUUCCAUGAGGCCAUACAGUUGAUCUCGCUCCGUGCAGACAUAGCAAAGGGUAAAUUUGACGAAAAUCCAGAUCAAGACGAUGACGACUAGGCCAGUGUGGGCUAGUCCAUAAAGAGCCAGCUGCCCAGCUCAUGUGCCCAGUACAAAGCAAAUGUAUUUUGCCUCCCAUCAUAUAAAUGAGGAAAAUUACUGCAUGUCAAAGAAAUGUAAGUUUUUCUCUCUACAUGGAAGGCUGACUUGGUUGGGGUCACAAAAUUACUUUCAUGGAGUUUUGCCAUAAAAGAAAUGGUAAUGUGUAUUGUUUUGUAAAUGCUUUACAGUCUAUGAACAAAGCGUGGAAGAUGUGUUCUAUUUAGGAAGCCUACGUGCUCCAAGAUGUAAAAAAUCUGGUUAUAAUGUGUGUUCAUCGUUCAGUCUUUACCAGAAGGUUCUCCAGAGGUAAUAUUAUUCACUUUAAUAUUAUCCUGCCAGUGUUUAGGUUUAUUUUUGCCAGUGUUCAUAUAUUCUUAAUGUAUAUCUUUUCUGUUUCCUAUUUUCUACAUCUCCUGAAUUGUUUUGUUUUUCUAAUUCUGAUGUCUAAUAACGAAUCGUUUCUGACUUGUCACUGUUCUCAGAGAAGUGUGACAAAACAUCAUUUGAUAUUAUUCAUAGUCAAAUAACUGGAGCCUUGUUUUUAUUCCAGAGGGGAUAUUCUUUGCCCUCUGUACUGCAUUAAUCCGAAGAAAUUAUUUUUUGAAUGGGAAGAAUCCUGUUUUCGGGUUAAUGAUGAUUGUGUUCAUUUGCCGUUAGAAAAAUAAUCUUGCUCUUUUUUUUUUUUUUUAUACACACACCAACUGAUGUGCCCUGCCGUCAAUCCUCCUGGGUCAUUUCCUUUCAUGUGUAUCUUCCGUCAUAGACUUGUUGACCAUUGGGAAGUAGAGCCCCCUGUCAAAGCGCUUCAUUGGUUUAUAAUUCUCAUCAGUAGUAAGUGGUGUGCGGAAGGUAGUUUGCUAUUGUCUAAUAUAUACUACGGUGUGAUGUUAAGGUGCGGUUUCGCUGGUUAAGAUUAUAAAGAAUGAGGCUGUACGUAGACUGUCUUUUCCAGACUUAAUAAGUUACUUUUUAUAAGAGUUUAUCCUUUAUGCCUUUUUUGACUUUUAAUGUCCAGUGCUGUUGUGUAGCAGAUGUUUUAUUUUGAAAUAGACAGAUUUUUCUAUUUGAAAAACCAUAUCCACUUUUCCACUGUGAACAGAUGUGAGAAUGAUUAUAUCAUACAAUAAAGAAUGGAUGCUAUUUCCUUCAUUUGAACAUUUGAUACUUAUUGUAUAAUAGACUAUUUGUAAUACAAAUGAAAGUGAUGUGAAGAAUAACUAACAAAAAUGAUCAUGGCUGUAGUUUGUGUAUGUAAAUCAGACUUGUGCGAGAUUAGAUCUGUAUUGAGGUAGUUACUCUUUAGGGCCAUUUUUAUUUACAUCUUUUAUUUAUUUACUACUGUAACUAUUGAUAUUUAUUUUAUCAAGUAUGUUUUUUUUUUUCUAAUUUAGAAAUAAGACUUAGGCAACUAUGAAUUAUCAUGAGCAUGUCAUCUCCGGACAAAAGAAUCAAAUGGUUAUGUUUAGAAGCUUGUGACCGGAGAAGCGUUUUUAUUUUUGAAGUCUUUUCUUUAUCUACCUUUUCUGGCCAAGGUAAUAUUAAAUUGAAGGGAAAGCAAUACAGUAAUGUUCUGAUGAUAUAUUGUUUUAGCAUCAGCAUGUGGAACAACAUUUAGUCAAAGAUACAUUUUUCAACACUUGCACAGGACAUCCCAGCAAAUAAAAGAGUAAGAGAAGAGAUUAUAUAUU